AUGCAAAAAGUUAUUGAAUGUGUACCAAAUUUUUCCGAAGGCCAACGAAAAGAGGUUAUUGACACAAUUGCGCAUGCUAUUGCAGGUGUUGAAGGUGUUGCUUUACUGGAUAUUGAUCCAGGAUUGUCAACCAAUCGAACAAUUUAUACCUUUGUUGGGCAUCCACAAGCAGUUAUUGAAGCAGCACUAGCUGCUGGUCGAGCUGCGUACAAUUUAAUUGAUAUGACAAAACAUAGUGGCGAACAUCCACGAAUCGGUGCAAUGGAUGUAGUACCAUUUGUACCGGUACAAAAUGCUACUAUGGCUGAUUGUAUCGAGAUAGCACGUGAAUUUGCUGAUCGUUUAUCUAUGGAACUUAGCGUACCUGUUUAUCUAUAUGGCGAAGCACAAGAACAAGAAUAUCGUCGAGAUCUAUCUCAAAUUCGUGAAGGAGAAUAUGAAGCACUAUAUAGCAAAAUUCGAAAAUCAGAAUGGAAACCUGAUUUUGGACCAAUUGAAUUCCUUCCGACAUGGGGCGCAACAUGUGUUGGUGCACGAAAAUUUUUAAUUGCAUACAAUAUCAAUUUACUUGGCACAAAAGAACAAGCUCAUCGUAUUGCAUUAAAUGUUCGUGAAGAAGGACGAAGCAAAGAAGAACCCGGUAAAUUAAAAUCUGUACGAGGUCUCGGUUGGUGGCUUGAAGAAGCAAACUUAUCUCAAAUUUCACUUAAUUUAACAGAUUUUGAAAUAACAAAUAUACAUGCAGCGUAUUUACAAUGUGUAGCCGAAGCUGAAUCGUUGAAUAUCGGUUUAUGUGGUUCACAAAUAGUUGGUCUUGUACCAUUGAGACCAUUAUUAAUGGCUGCAGAUUAUUUUAUUCAAAAAGAAAAUUUAUUUAUUCUUGAUGAAGAUCAAAAACUUCGUUUAGUUAUUCAACGCUUAGGUUUAAAUUCUAUAGCACCGUUCGUACCCAAAGAACGUAUCAUUGAAUAUAUUAUACGCGAUCGUGAAGGUCGUGACGAUACGAUUAAUUCAAUGGAAAUAAAAGAAUUAGUUAAACAUGUUAGUGCGCGAGCAUUAGUACCUGGUGGUAGUUGUGUUACAGCCCUUGUAGCAACACUUGGCACAGCACUUGGCACAAUGUGUGCAUUACUUACAUAUGGAAUGAGAAAAUGGGAAACAUUAGAACCAGAAAUGCGAGCAAUUAUUGCACCAUUACAUACAGCCACCAAAACAUUAAUGGAAACAGUGGAUACUGAUACGGAACUUCUGAAUGCAUAUAUGACAGUGCAAAAAAUGACAGAAACUAAUGAAGAAGAAAGACAUUUCAAACAAAUAACUGAAAAUCGUUGUUUACAAAGAUGCCUUGAAAUUUCAUUGGAAAUCAUGCGUCAAAUUAACAACUUAUGGGAACCUCUUUCACGAUUAGCACCAUUAUUUAAUAUAAAUACAAAAGCAGAUUUUCUUGUUGGCAUUAAAUGUCUUGAUACAGCAAUGUAUGGCGCAUUGAAACGUAUUGAAACAUUUUCCUCCUCAUUACUUAAAAAUACUGAUAAUAUUGAUGAUAAUGAAUCGCAAACGAAAAAAACACAAAAAAAUUAUGAAGAAGAAGCAAAAACAUAUUUUGAUAAAACACAAAAAUAUGUUCAAAUUAUAUUAAAAUUAGCUGAAUCUCGAAAUGAGUAG